AUGCGUCUCCACCUAACAAUCCACCGCCCUUUCCCCCUCCCGCCCGCCAGCACACCUCCAACCUCGUCCACCCCAGCUUCCCACCCGCACCCCGUUCUCCCACCAACAAAACUUUUAUGGACGCACAGCCCCUCACCAUCCUCGUGCGACCUGAUCUCGGACCUGCUCACGCAGAUCUCUGCAAUAAUCCCGCUGGAACUUGCCGGCCACGGACUCGAAGACUACGUCGUCGAACUCGACGGGUUCGAGGUGUUGCAUUUCGCGGUUGUGUCUGGCUCACGGGGGACGCAGGGGACGCUGCGGGAUGGGGAUGAGGUUGUCGUGCGCCCGCUAAGGCAGGCCGAGAUCCGCGCGCGGAAGUUGACCGGCCGAUGUCAGAUCACCACCUCUGGGCGGAGGGUCGAGUUUCAGCAGACGGAUGGGGAGUGGAGGAAUGAAGCGACGAUCGAGGGGAUUCCGGUUACGACGCUGGCGCGGUGGGCGAUGGGGAGCGAUGAGGAGGAGGAUGAGGAGGAUAGUGAUUUUGAGCCGGGGAAGGAGGAGGAGAGUGAUGAAGGAAGUGACGAGGAUGAGGAGGAGCUGGGGGAGGGCGUGGAAGAGGAGGUGGACAUGAACGGGAACAAGAUGCACAUUCAUAGGAUCAACAGGCUGAUGGACAUCAUGAAGGAUCGGGAGUAG